AUGACGGGUGACAUAUCUCUAUUCAUUAACUUUGUGCCAAAGAAGAAGGGGUUUGUCACUUAUGGAGAUAACAACAAUGGAGCUAUAAUUGGAAAAGGUAGUGUAGGUAAUCCUUCAUCUACUACUAUCUCCGAUGUCAUGUUAGUUGAUGGUCUUAAACAUAACCUUCUCAGCAUUAGUAAACUUUGUGACAAGGGAUUUAAAGUUACUUGUUGCUUAUUUGAACAUAAUAAGAAGACAAAUUAUAUGUUUAAAGGCUUGAGGGUUAAUAACACCUAUAUGCUUAACUUAGAUGAGGUAUCCUUGGUUGGAACUAAGCGUCUUGAUACCAUGAGCAAAGCUUCUUUAGCAACAACAAAUGUGGGAAGAGGUCGUGGUACUGGUGCUAUUGCUGUUAAGAAAACUUUAUUAAAGCCUCUACAUUGGGUGAAAGUUUCUCGAGCAGCACAAGGUAGUCUAUGGGCUGAUUCACAGAAACAAGGUAGUGAUUCAAGGGGCCCUGAAAUAGACAUAUCAGAACUUGAGACCUUGUUUUCAGCAGCAUCUAUUUCUUAUGGAAAUAGUACUAAAGGUGGACUUCGGCGUGGUUCUAAUAUUAACAAACCUGAGAAAGUACAAUUGGUUGACCUACGUAGAGCAUAUAAUUGUGAAAUAAUGCUCUCCAAAGUCAAAAUUCCUCUGCCAGAUAUGCUUAAAGCAAUUUUGGCAUUGGAUUCUUGUGUUCUGGAUAUCGAUCAGGUUGAGAACCUCAUCAAGUUCUGUCCUACAAAGGAAGAGAUGGAGGUGCUGAAGAACUAUACCGGGAUAUGCUUGGAAAGUGUGAGCAGUUUUUUUAUGGAGCUGAUGAAGGUUCCACGAGUAGAAUCCAAGUUAAGGGUGUUUGCUUUUAAAAUCACCUUUUCUGGUCAGGUGAGUGACUUAAGGAAAAAUUUGAAUACAAUCAAAGAUGCAACCAGAGAGGUCAAGGAAUCUGUAAAACUUCGUCAAAUAAUGCAGACUAUUCUUAUGUUGGGCAAUGCCUUGAAUCAGGGAACAACCCGAGGAUCAGCAGUAGGAUUCAAAUUGGACAGUCUUCUCAAGUUAUCUGAUACCCGUGCAAGAAAUAACAAAAUGACUUUAAUGCAUUAUUUGUGUAAGCUUCUUGCUGAGAAAAUGCCAGAACUGAUAGAUUUUGACAAGGAUCUUCUCAAUAUGGAAGCUGCUUCUAAGAUCCAACUAAAAGCAUUAGCUGAAGAGAUGCAAGCUGUGCAUAAAGGUUUAGAGAAGGUUGAGCAAGAACUCACGACUUCUGAAAAUGAUGGUUCUAUAUCUUCAGGAUUUCACAAGGUGUUGAAGAGUUUUCUUGAUUUUGCCGAAGCUGAUGUGAAGUCACUUACAACAUUGUAUAACAGCAAACACAGUACCAAUAACACACUUAACCCGUGUUCAUAA